GUCUUCUUGACUCCUCCACGAUGAGUUCGCGCCCCAAAUACAGUGAUGAUGAGAAGAAGCACCUACUAGCUAACCUUGAGAUUGAAGUCGCGCACCGCACUCGUCAACUUCAAUCAUGGCUCGCCGACCGUCUUGAGCAGUUCAAACUUCAGCAAGAAGGACACGUAAUUCGUCUUCCCAAGCAAGUGCGGAAUAUGACCAUGCAGGAGUUUGGGGGAAAAUAUAAUGGGAGUGUUGAAGCUGCGAUGAAGGGCCUCCAGAGGGAACGUCUGAAAGCGAGCGGGAGUGGCGAAGGUAUAGGAGAGAUCGACAAAUCCACGAGGAAGAGGAAAUGGCUUGCGAUUCAAGGAGCAGAAGAGGACGGUGUUGAUCGUGAUGGUGAUGCAAGAACGUCGAAAAAUGCUCGAAUGAUGCAAAGCUCUUCACCGAAAAAGCAGACGGGUCCCUCGACUGGAUCUGGGACAACACAACAACAUUCUCGCUUUUUGGGAGCGAAGACUCCGAACAAAUCAAGAUUCCUCAGCAGUAUACCUGGCUCUCCAAGUCCUCAAAAACCUCCUGCCUUCAAGCCAACGUUGAAUCGAACCACCUCUUCCAACAGCACAUCGUCCAACAUUCGUUCUCAGGUUCCUCGACCACUCUCACCUUCCAAAUCCUCCACAGGACUUAUACCCAACUCACGUCCCCCAGCAAACUACAACCCGGGUGUUCCCCGGUCAAGGGUACCUACCUCAUCCACAUUCAACCCAGCUUUACCGCCCGAGGCACCUGGAUAUCCCACCGGCUCCCUGCGGAUGCCCAGAAUGGACGAGAAGAUGCUCAGCAUCAAUGGUUCACCACUCGCAAAUCCUUUGUGGUAUCAACCCAGUGGCACGACGGAUGAUGGCGGCGGUGGCGAUGGUGGUAAACGACUGAAACGCACAGCGAGUAACAUAUCCAUCCGUCGCGAUCCUUCUUUCCUUACCCAACCGCGACCAAACUCACAAGCGAGUUUCGCGACUACUCAUUCACGCAACAAUUCUGAAGCGACACUCAUAUCCCCUUCGGAGACGCAAGCGUUUGAUGGGUUGCCACCCAAAACGCCUGACACGAGAUACCCAACGAUGACUCGUUCUUAUUCCGUAACAAUUUCUACAAAAGACGGUCAUCUUCUCGAGUUCGAUCCGCUGCGAACUUCACCCGGGGCUUUGGAUGCUCUGGAUGGGAUCACAGACAGCGCUAAGAAGCAGGCUAGAGAGGAGAUGGGUAGAUUGGUUCAAGCUGCAGUGGAUAAAUGGAAAGUGGGGUGA